UUUUAUCCAAGUGUUCCAAAAGGAUUGAGAGUGAAAGACAGUUGAUCCUUACUUUCUUUAUACUCUUCGUGAUUAAUCUUGCUCAUUUUUUUUUAUUACACAGUUAUUAAUUGUUAAUGUCAAAGAAAAGUGGUAUUUUUAAGUAAAUGUUUUUCCCGCGUUUAUCAUCAGUGAUGUUCUUCUACUAGAGCAUCAUCAAUCGUUACUAUCAUCGACAAUCAUCUGAAGAAGAUUACUUUUGGACAUCAUUCGUGUUAAACAAAGUGAUUGAAAAAUAAAACUCGGAAAAUAACCAAUGCUGAGUAUCAAUAAUCAGUCAUCUGGUACUCAUCUUUACUGCAAUAAAAAAGAACCAGUGGCAGAAACUGUCAUUGGAAAUUAAAGCAUCAAUAAUAUUUGAGGGAAGUUCAGUAGUCCGCAUGCGAGUCCCCAGAGGUGAAUUGUGGAACGAGAGGCUGCUAUACGAUCAUUCGGACCUCACUGUCAACCAGAGGGUCUUCAAUGCCAUUUGGAGGGAGUCGAGAUCACCACCAACGACUUUGGCAGGGCAACUUCACACGUCUCCUGAAGAAGAUUGUGAGAAAGGUUUUGCCAAUCAACCAAUCCCCUUAGACGUUUCUGUUAGUGAAGCUCCUCAUCAUCAUCAGAAUUCGCCUUCUGAUCUUGCUGGCACUGAUCGUGCAACAACAGCAAUCACGACGACAUCUACGAGUACAGGAACUGCUUUUACAGUCGCAUCAAGCAUGCUUUUAUUGCAAACACAGAGUCCAUUUGGAUGCAGCAGCUUUGCAGAUUUAUUAAGCGCACCUUAUGCCGAUCCUACAGACACUGGAAGCUUACCUGACGAAUUGGACCCAUUUCCUGAACUUCAAUUGAAUAAUUCUCAACCAGUACCUACCCAGGAAGAUGCAACACAAUCGAACAUUCAUCAUCAGAUGCAGCAACACCAGCGACCAUUGUCUGGCGAUUUGCAAACAGAUUCAAUGAGUCCAACUCCUCUGCCAAGUUUUCAAGAGACUUAUCCAGUCCACCAACGUUUCACACGUCAAGAUCUACAAGGUUUGGGUUUAAAAAUGGAUGAAGAAUGUUUCGAUGCACUUCAGUACGCGUGUACGGAUACACCAUAUAGUACUGAGUUUGCGGCAACAAUUCCUCCUUAUCAUUCUCAACAACCGCAGCAUCAUCCACAACCCCAACAGCCACAUCAUUCUCAGCAAAUAUUGCAUCAUCAUCAUCAACAGCAGCUUUCUCACCAUUCACAUCAUCGCCAAGACGGUCAUCAUCAUCACCAAAAUAUACCACCGACGUUGACUCCGCCUCCAGUUACGGUACCAAUUGCUACGACCACAAUGGCGACUUCUUCAUCUCCACCAUCUCCUACUCAGCCAACUCCUCCACCUCCACCCCCACCGCCUCCACCACCAGGAUAUUUUUCUGCUGUAUCUACAACUAAUCCCACCGUGACAAUGGCAUCAACUCCAAAUCUUCAUCAAAACAAUAUAUCUUAUGCUAAUGUACCUAUAGCUUCAGUUUAUGGACAAAAUAAUUUAAUUGGUGUUGCACCGGUUUCCCUUGUAUCCAAUACUGGAUCAAACGCUUUGGCAGGAUCAACACGAUCAAGACAAUCUAUGUUCCAAAGGUCUGAUUCUACUAGCAGUGGAAGUAAUCAAGAAUCUCCUAAACCUUGUUCAAGCACCUCUGGUACAUCUAGUGUCAGCUCUGCACCUUCCCCAGGUGGUACCGAACGUGCACCACCUAGUCCCAGUCAAUUAUGUGCAGUCUGCGGUGAUACUGCUGCUUGUCAGCAUUAUGGAGUACGCACAUGUGAAGGCUGUAAAGGUUUUUUCAAGAGAACUGUACAGAAGGGCUCCAAAUAUGUCUGUUUGGCAGAAAAAUCCUGUCCUGUUGACAAACGUCGACGAAAUCGAUGUCAGUUUUGUCGUUUUCAAAAGUGCCUAAUGGUCGGAAUGGUUAAAGAGGUUGUCAGAACUGAUUCUCUUAAAGGUCGACGAGGACGGCUUCCCUCUAAGCCAAAAUCUCCUCAAGAAUCACCCCCAAGUCCACCCGUUGCACUCAUCACCUCCUUAGUACGAGCACAUCUCGAUACUACUCCUGAUCUUGCCAAUUUGGAUUAUUCACAGUAUCACGAGCCUGGGGUUUCUGCUCCUCUUGUGACUGAUGCAGAAAAAGUUCAACAAUUUUAUAACCUUCUUGCAACUUCUGUCGAUGUAAUCCAUAACUUUGCUGAAAAAAUUCCUGGAUUUACGGAUUUAGUUAAAGAGGAUCAGGACCUUCUUUUCCAAUCAGCAAGUCUUGAACUUUUCAUUCUCAGACUGGCUUAUCGCACAAAAGUUGAAGAGACCACUUUAACAUUCUGCAAUGGCGUUGUUCUUGCCAGACCUCAAUGUUAUCGAUGCUUUGGAGAAUGGUUGUAUGGAAUUCUUAAAUUUUGCCAAGCUCUACAUAGCGUCGAAAUAGAUGUCAGUGCAUUUGCUUGUCUUUGUGCUCUCACCCUUGUUACAGAUAGAUACGGUUUAAAAGAACCUCACCGAGUAGAAGAAUUACAAAUGAAGAUUGUGACAUCUCUUCGAGAUCACGUAACUUACAAUGCAGAAGCCCAACGAAAAACACAGUACCUGUCCCAUCUCCUCAGCAAACUCCCAGACCUCAGGAGCCUUGCUGCACAAGGUCUUCAGCGAAUUUUUUACCUUAAGUUGGAAAACCUAGCACCAAUGCCACCGCUGAUUGAGACAUUAUUCGUUAGUAGUAUGCCCUAUUAA